UCUCGUCAUACAUCUCUCAUCGCCAUAAAACCAGCUCUUCAUUGCGGCUUCACGAGAAUGAGGGGCAAUUCACUGCCCCCGAUACUCGGACGUGCCGCAUCAAUCCACUCAAGCAAGCUGCGAUGCAGCCAACACACCCUCGUCCAUCUGCCCGUCCUCAACACCAGCCAACAAGCAGCAGCACACACGCAGCAAUUAUUGUCGGCGUGAUCAUUGGCACCCUGGGCAUCAUUACCAUAUCACUCUUCGUUUGGGAUCGAAGACGGAAGCAUGGUGUCAAGAGAGGAUUCCGGAUCAAGUCUCCAUCGACAAUACCACAAUAUGGAGGACGAACUUAUCAGGAGAAAGACCUGGAACUUGAGACUGGCAUCAUUCAUGAGCCAUUGCCGGUGUACCAAAGGGACUCGAGCGCGAUUCGAGACCAAGCGCAACUGAAGAUGAUUUCAGAACCGCAACACUGAAUGGGAGGGGUGAAGGAGGCUUCAUUGGUGGACAGCAUCGAGUCGUAGAAGCGGAGGUCUUGAAAACGCUAGCGGUGAG